CAGGAACUACAACGUCUGAAUGGUUGGCGUGCUGUUGUCAUGUGACCGUAUGUUUUAGUGUAGUGUGCCCUGUAAUGUAAAUAUUUUAAAUUCACCGCGAGAAACAUGUGUCCAGGUUAAAUGUUUAUAGAGGAGGAUAUGUCGCUGGCCGGGAAGAGUCAUGGUGAUCAUUAAUUCAAUACUAAAACUGGUGCAGCGACAGACAUACACCUGUCUGUCACACCGCUAUGGUCUGUACCUAUGUUUUGGAGGGCUUGUCCUCAUGAUUGUGUCUGCUUUUCAGUUCGGAGAGGUUUUAGUAGAAUGGAGUAGAGAUCAGUACCAUGUUUUGUUUGAUACUUACAGAGAUAAUGUUGCAGGAAAGUCCUUUCAGACCAGGCUUUGCCUGCCAAUGCCCAUUGAUGUGGUGUACACCUGGGUAAACGGAACAGACACAGACCUGCUGAAGGAUCUCCGUGCUGUGAGACAGCAGUUAGAAGAGGAACAAAACGCCUUGAGGGAACGUCUAGGAAAGAAUGGCUCUGAAAUUACUGAAGCUCCUAAAGGAAGGCCAGAAUGUCUGUUGUCCCACUGCAUCAUGGCUCCAGUGUUAGUGCUUGAUCCAGCUCUUCCAUCCAACAUCACAUUAAAAGAGCUGCCAAUGAUUUCAGCUGCCUUCUCCUCUACAAAGCAACUCUUGCAAGUGGCCAAAACCCUCCACCCUUCCACAAGCGUGUCUGUGCUCAUCUUUCACUCGCACAGCGAAGCUGAAAAGGCUCACACAGAUGGUCUGAAGGACAGCCUGACAUACUCCAUCAACAGAGGUUACCUGACAACAGAUAAAGAGGCUCCGGGUCUGGUCCGCAUGCACACGCUGGCCUACUUGAGCGGGUUCCCGGCGUCUUUGAAGGAAACUGAGCAACUCAGGGUUAAACUACCGGCUGUAGUGACCAAUAAAAUCAAACAGUUGCAGCUGUAUUCUGAGGCCAGCAUCGCUCUGCUCCACCUCAACACAGCACAGGAUUUUACAGACCUCAUGCAGCAGGCCAAGAAGAACCUCACGCUGGAUGGUAAAGAGCUCACGGUCAGCCCAGCGUACCUGUUCUGGGAUCUGACGGCCAUCUCUCAGUCCAAACAGGAUGAGGACGUGUCUGCCAGUCGCUUUGAAGAUAACGAGGAACUCCGUUAUUCGCUGCGAUCCAUCGAGAAACACGCUCCCUGGGUUCGGCACAUCUUCAUCGUAACCAAAGGUCAGAUACCGUCGUGGCUGAACCUGGAUAAUCCACGUGUAUCCGUGAUUACUCAUCAGGACAUUUUCCAGAAUCAGUCUCACCUGCCAACGUUUAGUUCUCCGGCCAUUGAGACUCACAUCCACCGGAUCCCAGGACUCUCGCAAAAGUUUAUCUACCUCAAUGAUGAUGUCAUGUUCGGCAAAGACGUUUGGCCGGAUGACUUUUACAGCCACUCCAAGGGGCAGAAGGUGUAUCUCACCUGGCCUGUUCCAAACUGCGCUGAGGGUUGCCCAGGCUCCUGGAUAAAAGAUGGCUACUGCGACAAGGCCUGCAAUAAUUCGGCUUGUGACUGGGAUGGAGGAGAUUGUCAGGGUGCUGCGGGGAGCAGUCGUUUUGGAGGAGGGGGCGGUUCUGUGAUUGGAGGCGGGCAACCUUGGCAGUUUGCGGGUGGUCUGGGAGGACUGGGGGGCUUGUCCUUUUGUAACCAGGGCUGCGCUAACUCUUGGUUGGCUGAUAAAUUUUGCGACCAGGCGUGCAACGUUCUGGCCUGCGGGUUCGACGUGGGCGACUGUGGACAAGAUAAUUUCAACCAACUGCACGAUAUCAUCCUCAAGAGGAACCAGACACACUACAUCCUGCCUCAGGGCGAAAUCCGACCGUAUUUUAGCUUCUCAGGCCUGGCGAACCGUGUGUCAGAAGCGCAGGUCCGUGACAACCCCGUGGUCCGUCACACCUCAGUCGCCAACAAAUGGAAGACCAUCCACCUGCUUCUACUGCUGGGACAUAAUGCCACCCAGAUCCACUACAACAUUACCUUCCAAGGCCCGGACAACCACGAUUUCACCAUGAGUUUCUCUGUCGCCGUGGAUACCCGAGAGCUCCCUAAGUCUAAUGUGACCAGUCCAGUGGCGGAGAAGGAAGAUCAGCCCAAACCCACUGUGUUGAUCCCAGAACCAGACGUCCAGUUUGAAAACAUUUCCAAAGAGAAACAAGGUCCAAGAGUUCGAGACAAAGCCCAAGGCGGGAUGGAGACGGUGCGGGUUCCUGCAUUAAACGAAUCACUUUUACCAGAAGAAGUGAAGCUUGAGUUACAAAAACUAAAUGAGAAGUUGAUGGUAGGUGACAUCACUAUUAAAGGCUAUAAUUUGACCAAAGCUGAGCUGUUAGAGCCCUACAAGGACAAAACUCAGUAUUUGCUUCACAAAAAACUGAGAGAAAUGCAAAACCAGAGCAAACAAACAAACCACUCAAAGGAAGUAAACAACAAAGACCAGAAAGCUCCUUUAUUAAGAAACAGUAACUCUAAAUCGGACGAAAACGCAAAGAUGCAAGUCACUCCAUCUCUUGUCCCGGUCCUGAUUGAAGAGGUUAUUCCCAAAGCCGAUUCACAACUGUUUGCCGCAGAGAAACCUCACGUGUCCAAGCUCCUCAGCACGCUGGUGGGGAACAUGUCUAAAAAGAGAGAUUCCGAAAAUGAAGCCCACCUCCAGGGCCGACCCAUGAGUCGUAAACUCCAGCACUAUAUCAGCGCGGACCGGGGCUUUCUUCCAUGGGAGAGGAGGAAGUUUUUUCACGAUCUGCUGGAGGAAGUUGAGCGUCUGGAGAAUGAGCUGCAGUAUACAGCUGACCACACCGCCACCGGACGAAAGUUACAAGAUACGUUUGCCGACUCGCUUCGUUACGUCAACCGCCUCUUAAACGCUCAAUUCGGCUUCACCUCUCGUAAAGUUCCCGCCCACAUGCCUCACAUGAUUGACAGGCUCAUCAUGCAGGAGCUGCAGGACACCUUUCCUCAGGAGUUUGAUAAGACGUCCUUGCAUCAUGUGCGGCAUUCGGAGGACAUGCAGUUUGCCUUCUCCUAUUUUUACUUCCUGAUGAGCGCCGUACAGCAGCUCAAUGUAUCUGAAGUUUUCGACGAAAUCGACACGGACCACUCCGGUGUGCUGUCGGACCGGGAGAUCCGCACGUUGGCCACACGCAUUCACGAACUCCCUUUGAGUCUUCAGGAUUUGACAAGUCUGGAGCAGAUGCUCAUAAAUUGUUCCAAGACACUUCCGUCCAACCUCACGCAACUUCAUGUUGUCAGCCCCACCCAGGAGGCCUAUUAUGACCCCAGCAUGCCACCAGUUACAAAAGGUUUAGUCAUCCACUGCAAAGCCAUCACAGAGAGGAUACACAAAGCCUUCAGGGACCAGAACAAAUACAAAUUUGAAAUAAUGGGGGAGGAGGAGAUCGCUUUUAAGAUGAUACGCACCAACGUCUCGCAUGUUGUCGGGCAGUUGGAUGACAUCAGGAAGAAUCCUAGGAAGUUUAUCUGCCUGAACGACAACAUUGACCACAGCCUUAAGGAUGCAAGCACGGUCAAAGCUGUACUGAGGGAUUUCUAUGAAUCAAUGUUCCCGCUGGCCUCCCAGUUUGAACUGCCCAAAGAAUACAGGAACCGUUUCCUCCACAUGACAGAACUACAAGAGUGGCGGCUAUACAGGGACAAGCUGAAGUUCUGGACCCACUGUGUGCUAGUGACCUUAGUCAUCUUCACAGUAAUGUCUUUCUUUGCUGAGCAGCUGAUCAUGUUGAAACGGCGGCUUUUCCCCAGACGCAGGGUCAGCAAGGACGUGAACACUGAACGGGUGUGAUGUGUAACUCCAAUCUCUCUCUUUAAACCCCGCCUUCCUCUGGCAGAGCGGGCAUGGCAGGAGACCUCUGACUCCCCACCUCUCAAACGCUUGUUAACAUCUGACAUAAACCGCAAACAAGCGUGUCGUUCGGAUGUAACAAGACAAGACCACGGGUCUUUAAUGAAGCUGACGGAGAAACUUUGAGGACUUUGAUAGCCUCAUCCACUGAGGGGAGGUAGUGAGACACUUAGUGAUUUUUUUUUCCUCCGCCUGAUCACACUCCAGGUUGUGCAUCGACUGUGAAUUGAACUCUGUUGGCCCACAGUCGUGUUUAGGAGCAAGAAUGCGCGUUGCCAUGUGACCUUGGGUGUUUGAAUUGUUCUGAUUUGACGUAGGAUUUUAAUAUACAUAGGUGGUACAGUACUACUUACAUGGGGUUUAUAAUAAUAAUUUAUGUAAUUCUAUUCAUCCUGCUCAUUCUUUCAGUGCCUUUUUUACCACAAGAAUGAAGCCAGUGAAAGUUGAUGCACGGCUGGGUUCCUCUGCCUUGCACUCGUCUUUUACGCAUUUGUCUCAAUCAUUUUCUCUAAUCUCAUUGAGGAUAUCUGAACCUGAAUAGCGAUCUUGAGAACAUUUAGAGGAUUGAUUUAAAUCGGACAUAAUCAGUAUGUUUUCUCUCUUUCUCUUUUUAAACGCAUGUCGUUCACAACUCCUUCACAUGCUUGUCUCUUAGCGGGACAUUAAAUAGUGACUUUGUCUGAAAUUCAGAUGUGGGUUAGGCCCUGUUGUGUAUUAACUUUUCACCUUGAUUUGUCUUUUGAAGACAAAUCUUUUUUGCUUGCUUACGUUGUACUACUGACUCAGUCUAUGUGGCACCGAGUGAACUUGCUUAACAAAACAGGCCUGCGUAUAUAAACAGUGUUGAAUAAUAAUGUUGAUUAUUGAACAGAUUUCCCUGUUUAAUUUAUUUGGUUCCAUAGGAAACAAUCAUACCAAGAUAUCUCCUUUUGUGUUUUAUUUUAAACAUUUAUGUUGCCAAAAUUCCUGCUGUAAUGUGAUUUUAUUAUUUUGUUAAUUGAACUUGAAAAAAAGUCCCAUGUUUUUUUUUCCAAGGACAAAACCCCAGUUUAAUAAUUGUACACUUCACAUAAUCUUGAUUGAGAAUGUAAUAAAAUACCCAAAUGUAU